AUUAUUAUGGAUAUUGGCGAACAAGAUCCUUUCAGAUCCUUUGCAGGAACAUAAAAGUUACCGGUUCUUGAGAGACCCUUCAUCAAGUUCGAGCUGAGAGAGGAUCCCGCGUGCGUCUCUCCUUGGAACCCAUUUUUUCAAAUCUUCUGCGGGAUUGUUUUGAAAAUUCUAUAAAUACAGGAGCUGGUGAACUUGCCCUGACACUUUGGUUCGGAGAUUUCCUUCUGUUGGUUCUUCGUCAUCUAGUCCCCGGUGAACGUCUGUCAUCAUGAAGACUUUGGUUGUAGUGACAGCCCUACUCUGCUGUGUAGCCGCACAGUACCAACACUCCUUCCAUGUUGAAUCGGUUGGAGGACCAUCCUACGAGGUCAGCAACUCCAAGACAGGCUUCCAGAUUCAGAGCAGUGGCGCUUCUUCCCAGUUUGCCUCCAGUGGCGCUGCUUCAAGGUCAUCAUCAAGCUUCUCCUCAUCAGCUGAUGCUGCCGCCAAAUCAGCUAUUGCAUCCCAGCAUGCAUCAGCAGCCUUUGCACCAGCUGUCUACCCAUCAUCAAGCUACUCAUCCUCAGCUGGUGUAUCCCAGUAUGCAUCAGCUGAUGCAGCCUACAAAUCAGCUGGUGUGUCUCAGUAUGCAUCAGUGGCACCUGUAGCUCUUGCACCAGCUGUUUUCCCUGCACCUGCUCCAGUUGUGUAUUCAAACUACCAAUCAUUUGCACCCCAGAAAUCCUCAGCAUCUUUCAGGAGUGGAUCAGCUUCAAGCUUCGGAGCUAGUUCAGGAUCAGCUGUUUCAGAUUCUGUCCCAGUAAUUGUACCUCAAGCUCCAGUAGUUGUACCACAUCCUGCACCUGUUGCUUAUGCUGUGCCCGCAUUUGCUGCCCAAUCUGAUGCCUACCAAAACUCAGGAGUCAACUCUGCAUCCUAUGGUAGCUCUCAAGCGUCCCAAUCAUUUGGUAGCUCCCAGGCAGCUCAGGCAGCUACCCGCUCUGGUUACAGCACAUUCAACACCAAACCAGUGUCCUCAACCCAGUACAUCAGUGGUUACUCUGCUCCAUCCGUCUCACAGUCCUUCAAAUCAGCUGUCUCCAAAUCAGGCUCAAACUCUGGUGGCAGCAGCACAUCUUACAGCUCUGGUAUCCAAGCUUUUGGUGCCAAGAAUUCAGCAGCUAUCAAGUCAUCUGGCUUCAAUGCUCAGUCUGUGGCUGCCCAGAAGGUUCAAUCAGAUUCUGCAGCCUACAAUGGUGCUUCCUCAUCUAAUGCUGGUGCGAACCACUUUGGUGCUCACUUUGUCCAACCCGCUCAGUUCGUUGCAGUCCAACAACCAUUUGUGGUUCAGUCUGAUGCUGCAGCCUACAAUGCAGCAAACAGUGGGUCAGUAGCCUACAAUGCAGCGAACAGUGGCUCUGCCUAUGUUGCUGGUUCAGAUGCCUACGGAUACAGUGCCCAACCAGUUCAAGUAGCUGUCCAAAAGUCAGCAAUCAACUAUGGAGUCGUCCCAGCUAGUGUCCAUGUUGCAAGGGGUGGAUCAGUGUUUGGAGCUGCUGGUGGAUACAGAGGUGAUGUGAAAUACGCAGGACAAGCUAAGGCUUUUGGAGCACAAGCUCAACAAUCCCAUGCCGCGUCUGCUGCCAGUCAAUCUUCUUCUGCUGCUUUUGACACAAAACAAGUUGCGGCUCAACAAAAUGCUGCGCAAACUUCUGCUUUUGUUGCCCACUCACAAUCAGCUGUCCCCACUUUCAGGGCACAAUAUGGUUUUGGAGGUGCAGUGUCAAAUUUCGGGAGCAUUGCAUCCAAAUACGAUGCUAAGAGCGCUUAUGGUCUCAAAGAUGGAUUCUCCGCUAAGAAAGCAGCCACUUUUGUCCAGCCUGCCCAAUUUGGUGCUAAAAUUCACCAAGGUGUAGGUUCCCAGUCAGGAGUAGUCAGCACUGAUUCUGCACAUGUUGUUGAAGCCCAGUCCGAUGUUGCAUCUGCAUCUGGCUAUGGAGUGCAUUCUGGAUCAGCUGCUGGUGCAUCCAAGAAUGCAUUCGGUUAUGGAGUGCACUCUGCAUAUGGUGCCGGUGCAUCCAAGGAUGCAUCUGCCUUUGGUUAUGGAGCAUAUGGUAGCAGAGGACACAAUGCUGGUGCAUUCUAUGCGAGUCAAACUGCAUCUGGUGCAUCCCGUCAGGCUUACCCCAUUGCAGCCAAUGCAGCCUUCAAUGCAGCUGCAGUGCAGUCGUACAUCUUGAGACAGAACCAGGACCAGUCUGAUGACGGAUUUGCUUACUCUUACGAUACGGAAAACGGAAUCUCGGUGCAAAGCGACGGUCAGGUGCGUAACGCGGGAACAGACGCGGCUUCCCUCGCUGUGACAGGCUCCUAUUCCUACACAGGUGACGACGGAAAGGUCUACACCAUCCAGUAUGUCGCGGACGAACGCGGAUUCGUGCCAGUCGGCGAACACAUCAGUCAGCUGUCCUCUGAGAUCGCCAGGUCCAUCGAGUACAACUUUGCUCACCCUGAGGAAUGGAAUGUGCAGCAAUGAAGAAUUAAGGAAUCUGUGAUUUUGGAAUAACGACCUUGAUAAUAUAGUAUGGACUUUGGAAUGUACAGGGAUUUACGGAUUUUGUGAUUCUUAAAUAGAUUAUAACAAGGACUUCUUAUUGAUUUGAGAACUUGAUGAUUUGAUUGUAUAGGGAUUUACGAAUUCUGUGAUUCUUCAAUAUAUGCUAACAAGGACUUCUAAUCAAUUUAAGUAGAGCUCAAAAGCUUGGAUGAUUGAUGAGUUGGAGAUUUGAAAACUUGAAAACUUGAGGAUUUGAGAGCUUGGGAGCUUGAGAUUUCGAAAUUUCAGAGCUUGAGAAUUCAAUCUUGAGGACUUGAAUAUGUACCCAUAGAAGAAACUAAAAUAGUGAUCGAAUAAAAACGCAAAUAUGUUGUCCAACUCUACACAGUUUUAUUCGGUACACGACCAUGCACCGAAUAAAGCUGUGUAGAAUUUGACAACAUUUUUGUGUUUUCAUUCAAUUAUGGAACGAUUCUACAAUAUUGACAAUGACUCAGUCGAAUUUUUGAUAGUGAUAUUCGAAUAACGAUCUUGAAACAAUAAUCUUAAUGAAAAUAUUUGUAAUUUGAUUUGAAUAAUGAUAAGAGAAUCUGAUCUGAUAAGAGAGUAUGACCAUGUAAUGAACUCAAAUCUCUCUGUUAGUGUAUUUUUCUAGUUUAUUCAAUUAUUUCCAAGUUUUUGAUUCCUGUUUCUCUCAAGCUCUGUAUUUCAACUGUUUUAAAGACUCUCUCUACUAUACAUUCUUGUAAAUAUGCCAAUGCUCUUAUUAGUUAGACUUCCUUGUUGUCCAGAUGCCUUCAAUAUGUUAUGUACGUUUCAACCAUUUUUAUAUCAAAAUGACAGUCUUAUAGGAGGAAAAUUAUACAAUACACUUUUCUUCUCUGACUCAACCUGCUUUGGAACUUCUAUAUCAUUUUCUAAGAUUUGAAUUUGAACUUUCACUGAAUCAACCUUCAUUUGAAUUCUUCUAAUGUUCUAUAUCUUAAAAUUAACGUCACUCUUGAGGCCUGUAUUACAAAAAAAAAAAAAAUAUUCCGAGUAGAACCUUCAAAAUAAUUAUUGUUUUUCUAUAUUUUUCAUGUUUCUUCAACAGUAGGAUAUUCUAUUUAUUUGUAUCACUCUUAUUGUUUUCGAUAUCUCACAUAUUCAACUUGAUAAUCUCAUGUGAUAAAAAAAAAUAUUUCUUACAAUAAAAUUGUAAUAUUUAUGAA